AUUAUUUUCUUACCGGGUCUCUUAAGAUUCCUCUUUCACGUUCAAUUCCUCGAACCCUCGCCCUCUUUAACAUUAGCACUUCUCUCUGGUCUCUGUCGGUGUGUGUGAAAGGGAGAAUGAACAGAAGCUCGAGUCUAUUACAAGUCUGGCAAAAGCCAUCGUCAUCUAUACUGUUAGGGCACUCAAUUUUCUAUAAAGGUUUAAUUUCUGUGCCCAAAAAGAUUAUGUACCCAACUUUCUGUUUCUGCAAGCAAAUGCAGACCACUGUCUAUGAAAAUGUGCAUGGAGGCUAUAUUACAACUGUAGCAACCAAACAAACAAGAGAAUUAAAGGAAAAAGCAAUAGCUCCAAUUGAAGCUAUCGGUGCAUUUCAGAAGCUUCCAAUGGUGAUGCCAUCAUUUGAUAUCUUAUAUUCUUCGCUGAGGAAGGCAAAGAGGAUCCCACCUACAAAAGGUAUUGCUAACAAGGCAAAGCGCGAAAGAAAUAGAGGUGCCAAACAACUUGAUGCGCUAAUGAAGGAACUUGCCAUUCCAUUAAGGACAUACAAGGAAAACUUCCCGGACAAAAGAAAUCUGCAUCCAUAUGAACGAUCUCUGAUUGAGUUGACUUUUGGAGAAGGAAACUAUGAGGAGGUGUUGGGACAGGUUGAUGCUCUACGGAAGAAGCUGGUCUCAGUUGGAAAAGAAUAUGCCUCAUUCUGUGCCAAGUCUCUGACAAAGCGCGAAGCUGAGGAGCGACUAAGUGAGGGAAUGAAAACAAUCGAAGAACUUUUUAACCGUGAAGGAAAAGUUGUAGAUGCACUGUUGAAUGUUGCUAAGACUUUGCGGGCAAUGCCAGUGGUUGAUCUGGAAACGCCGACACUGUGUCUUGUUGGAGCUCCUAAUGUAGGAAAGUCAUCUUUGGUCCGUCUACUGUCAACAGGGAAACCUGAGGUCUGCAAUUAUCCUUUUACUACUAAAGGGAUUCUGAUGGGUCAUAUAACUUUGAGCUACCAGAAUUUUCAGGUGACAGAUACACCUGGUCUCUUGAGGAGACAUGAUGAGGAUAGGAAUAACUUAGAAAAGUUGACACUUGCUGUCCUCUCUCAUUUGCCGACUGCUGUACUUUAUGUCCAUGAUCUAUCUGGAGAAUGUGGGACUUCACCUUCUGAUCAGUUUGUCAUUUACAAAGAAAUACGGGAGAGAUUCCCCUACCAUCUUUGGCUUGAUGUUGUCUCUAAAUGUGAUCUGCUUCAAGAGUCUCCUGUUGUCUACAUCAUGGAAGAUGGUAAUGUCGAUCAUCUGGAGCUGGCGAGGUAUCGCGAGGUGGGACCUGAUGGAGCUUUACAUGUAUCAAUUAAGAGUGAAGUUAGUAUUGAUGAGUUAAAACGUAGAGUGCAUGAUCUGCUGCUUUCUCAGUCGAUGAGGAUCAAGAGCCAGAAGAACAAUCAAGAAAGUCUUGAAAUCCCGAGCUAGUCCAUUCUUUCCAAGAAAUGUUCUUUGACCUCACGUGGUUAAUUUGACCACCUUAGGUUCGUCGAUUAGUCCAUGCCAAUACUUCCAAGUGCACCAGUUUGAUUUUUGGAUUCAACCACUGGUACUUAUUCCAGCCUUCAUCCAGAUCAUUACACUUCUGAUGAUGGCAAACCAACCAUCAAAUAUCAGGAUGACUAUUAAAUGUAAUUGAUGGUAAGUUAUAUUUCGGUACUACUUUGAUGGAGCUUCGUAUUUGAAUGAAGUUCUGAUUUGGCAGCGGCCUGGACUGUACAUAUUUGUUUAUCAGUUAAUCACAUUUUAUUAGAAGAAGAUAUUUUUUUUCCCAGUCGAGGGCAUGCAUUGAAAACAAUGAUUUUUAGAAUUUCAGAUACUAGUUCAUUUUUGUAAUACUUUAUUUUUAAUAAAUGGUUGACAACACGAA